AUGGAAACAGGACUAGCUGUCAGGGGCCGUCCGUUCGGUGUUCUAUCAGAAAGCAACCUCCCGCCCUUUAACCAGUCUGUGUUAGAAGUGUUGGCACUAAUCGAGGAUGAAAUCACAGAUGUGGAGGAAAACGCUUUGGUUGGGUUUUCGAAUCUGAAAGAUCUGAACCUAGAUUUCAACCGGCUAACGCAUGUCAGACAGAGCUGGUUCAACGGCCUAGAAAAGCUUGGUUUCCUCACAUUAUCCAAUAACAGAAUAGCACAGAUUGACCAUGGGUGCUUUCGCAACAUGCCUCGGCUUCUCUUGUUGAGUCUUGAAGACAACUCGUUGUCUUUUCUAGACCCCGACUGGUUCUUUGGGCAGAGUAGGUUGUAUUACCUGUACUUGGGGGGAAAUAACAUUAAGACAAUUCCUCCAAGUACAUUCAAGAAUGUGCGUCCGUUUGAGAUAUACCUGCAGGAUAGUGCUCUGUCCUGUCUGGACCAGAGAGUUUUGUGGCGACAGGAGCUUCUGUCAACCUUCUAUGUGAGUGGUUCUAGCAUGACAACAGUGCAUGAUGACAUGCCCCACAGAUUGGGGUGGGCUAUUUCAAUAAACGACAAUGAUUACAAGCAGUACAAAGUGCAGAGUAUAUCUAUUGAGGUGCCCUACUUCUAUUUCUGCGUCAAACUCCACCAGGUGAGAAACGAGAAGUCUUUCUUCUGGAUGUUUGACUCGAGAGAUGCUGUGCCUCGUGACAAAACAAAACACAUCCCUUGGUUAUGUGAUGAGGUUCUUAGUUCUCUAACGGCAAGCCCCAUACAUGUAAGUCUGUCGCGUUUUGUUGCCAUUGCCACAAAUGACCAUGUCCUCCCAGACAAAAGAGACCCCGGCUACCAAAGGUACCGAGAAAAGUGCAGGCAGGUGUGGGAACACAACAUGGGCGUUACAGUUCCUUUGAAAGAUAACUCGACCUUACAGCUGGUGUCCAUGGGUUUGGGGAACACAAGUAAGGCAGACGUUGCCAUUCUGGUAGACGAUGCAUCAGGCAUGUUGUUAGUCAGCGACGUAGAAUACGCCAGGGGAGAUCCUAGCGAGAGAACCCCAAAGUGUACCAUGCCAAGAGAGUUUGGAUCCAAUGUUACCAAACACCUAUUGGCCAUUGGAUAUUUCUGGGACAGGGGCCCGGAACACAACAAGGCGAGGGUCCCUCCCUAA